AGACGCCAUAUUUGCGGCGUCUGCCAGUUUACAGCGUUUAUAGAUUUCGUGCCAAUUUAUUGUGUUCAUCAUGGCGUCCACGGAAUCUCUUGUCUGCGAUACCUUGGAUCUGAGUGGACAGGGACUAAAGAAAUUGAGCAGAUGUCCAUCGGAUGCAGACAUCAAUACCCUAAUUGUUGACGAUAAUGAAAUACAGCGUUUGGAUAAUCUUGACUCAUACAACAAAAUUACCAAGCUAUCGAUCGUAAGAAACCAGUUAUUACGAAUGUAUGGAGUUUCCAAGCUACACAAUCUUGUAACACUGAAUCUGGCAAAUAAUGGCAUUCUCACUAUAGAGGGCAUUAAGGACAUGAGCAAUUUACAAACUCUCUGCCUCGCUGGUAAUAAUAUAAAGUCCAUCGAACAUUUACAUACGAACACAAAAUUGGAGCAUCUGGAUUUGUCAGAGAACAGUAUUAGUCAUCUAUCAGACAUCUCGUACCUACGAUGUUUAAAGGAAUUAUUUUUGCACAAUAAUCGUAUAGUAACGUUGCGACAGUGCGAACGUUAUUUACCUGGAUGUUUAGAAACUUUGACAUUGGCUAACAAUAAUAUAACGGAUUUGAAUGAGAUGUCGCACUUGGCUAAUUUAACAAAUUUAGUCAAUUUUUCAAUUGCUAACAACCCUUGUGUCAGUAUGACAGGUAACAGUAUUGGAUUUGACUAUCGUCCAUUUGUUAUCAAUUGGUGUAUGAGUCUGAAAUCAAUUGACGGCUAUGCUGUGGAUCCAAUUGAGAGCCUGAAAGCAGAGUGGCUUUAUUCACAGGGGCGUGGCAGGCAGUUUCGGGUUGGUGAGCAUACACUACUCUCACAUUACCUUGCUUCAGUCUGUCCUCUGUCGGGUGAGUCCCUUGAAAAUGAAGCAGACCGUAAACUUCGAUUGAUUCUAAGUAAAGCGCAGCAUCAUCAGCAACAGUUGAACCAACAAAGCGACUCUGGUAGUGUGCACAGUUUGAGUAGCGUUGGAAUGAGUCCAUCACCAGCAGCUAGACGCAGACUUAACACAAACAGGACAAGCUCGCCAAGACGACCUGUUGAAACAGAUUCCCUUUUGUUAGGCUCGUCACGAAAAUCUAUGAGAAUAAGAUCGCCAGAUCAAAUAUUAGCUGGUUGUCACCCUGAUGCUAUGGUAUCGUCUUGCCAUGCUCCUAAUUCUACAUCUAACAGUGGUCACACGCUUCUUGGAGGAGAUGAUGUACUGAUGACGCAAAGUCUGGACCCUAGUUUGCUUAGCAAUAGCCUGAGCCACAAAAUGACACAUAACAACGAAUCUUCACUGCAGGUCGAAGAAACCUCCAGUCCUUUGCAAGCAGCAACAAAAUUGUUACCGGUACCAGAAUCGCUGAUGAGUCCAGAUUUCAGACCUCCGUCAGGUCUUUCACGAAUUUUACCAAAAACGCCUCCUAGCAAAUUGAAUUCCCCAAUUCAAACUACAAUUCCUGUGAAACCCUGUCCGGACAAUGCAGGGAAAGCUGUAUCCACUGCUUUUACACCUAAUCCAAUGGCCAAAACAAAUGUGGGAGUCCUUAAAACCAAUGCUUUAAUAAAGAGUAACUCUGCAACAAAUUGCAACAUUGGAAAAUCUAACAUUUCAAAGCCCGUUAUUACUAAUACCAAUGGAAAAUGUCCACACAGUGUUAAAAUAAAUAAUUACGUUCAAAGUAAAACAUUACCGAUCAAAAAGAAUAAUAAAAGCUCACCAAACUUAGGCCGAAGUAUUAAUAGGCCAAAAAGCGCUACGGAAAGGGGGAGACCUGCUCCAGGUAGGCGAAGUAAGGACGGUGACGGUGAUAACAACAUAACGAUGAGUAGCGACGAAGACAGCGAAGUCUGUCAGGCAAAGUUGGAUGGAAUUCGACACAGAGCAAAUCAACGGCGUCAAGAGGACACCAAUAAGGAUGAUCAAACAGAGAAAGCAGCUAUUUGCAUACAAAGACUGUGGCGAGGGUACCGUACCCGAAAUCUGAAUAAAAAAGCAACCAAUAUAUUAAAAAAUAUUGAAAUGAUGAGAACAAACAAAUAUAUUCAAAAAUUAUCGACCGACAUGGAGGCAACGAGAACAGCUUUAGAAAGCGAGCAUAAGUUGCAAUUAUUACAAAUGCAAGCUAUAAAUGCACUUUGGAAAAAAAUAGUCAGUCUUCAGCCAGGAUCGAACACUGGUGGAGAUGUUGAAGGAACGUCACACGCUAACUCAGUUGUGGUUAAUAACCUUGCCCAAACGUGUACUUUGCUGCACUCACAAGUACAACAAUUGCAAGACUCCAUGUCAGAAAUAAAACGCUGUAUGUCUAACAUGCAACCAAAGCCCACAACGUUGGACAACGGUGUUGCAACGCAAACUGAAAUAUCAGCGGUUCACACUCCAGCUGGCGAAGCCAAUACGUUUCCAUAUUCACGUGCAAGCAGGCCUCAAUCAUUGUCAAUUCAUCAGACUAUACACGAAGGAAAUGAAAAUAAAAGUUUCGCAUCAAAUUUAGUAGAUAGUGUUUUGAAAAAGGUUUCGCAAUCGACAGAUACAACGGACGAUGAAGUAAACACAGACAUUUUAAAUUCCAACGAAAAUCCGGAAUUGCUAAAUUCUAAUGAAAAUCCUGAUGUGUUUAAAAGCUGUGAAGAGAUUAUGGAAGGUGAAUAUAAAGAUGUAGAUGGAGAAGUGGAGAUCGAAUAUAAAGACGUCAUCGAGGACGCAGCUAUAGAUGGUGAGGUUUGCGAAGAGACUCUUUGCAAAGAAUUACAUAGUUUAAUUAAAACGGAAAAUAGAAGGGAAAGCGACGCCGAUAGUGAAAAGGAAAAAGAUUCCAAAGAGCGUGAUGUCAGCUUAAAUCAGGAUGAUGAAUAAGUUAUAAUGCAUGUGUCGAUAGCAUAAUUCAUAACUGACCACCUGGAGGUACUAUAAGUGAAAGUCUUGCGAAAAUAACUAUUGACAACUUAACAUGGUACAAAUUUUAAUGAUAAUUUGUGCCAAAUACAAAAAAGAAAAAGAGCACAAUAGUACUACAAUAUAAUCACAUACAUUGCUUUUCAUAGGGUAAAUUAAAACUAUUUCAGUAUCAUGUCAUCAAUCAUCGAUGCGAUGAAUGGCAAAAAACGGCAGCUACCUAUUUGCAGAUUUUUUAACGGAAAAAAUACCUAUAUUUCAUGCUCGUACGGAAAAAUGCUCACAUGUUCAUAAUAAGUAGGUAUAUCUAUACAUACCAAAAGUAACUUUACCAAAGAGAAAACGAUAUUAUUAAUUUAAUCCAGAUUUAAAAUCUAAGAAAAUUGGUAGUGGAUUCAUUUUUUAAACAUUCACUUAUUGGCAUAUCCAAACGUCUGGACUACAUUCGAUUGUUUAAAAAACGAUAGGUUAUUUUAAUUUUAGUUAAUGCACUGAACAUAACAUUUAAUCAAUUCUUCAUCAUCCUCCUAAACAUUUGGUAGAAUAAUUCAACAUUAUCGUAUCAC